UUGUCGUAUUGAAGAUGACAGCGUAAAGCUUUAUAAGCCAGAUCACUCUCGUCAUAACCAGACAACUGUUUCAUCCGCUCACAAGAGAAACUACUAAGUAGCUGAAAAAUUUAGACCUGCUGUAGUCCAGACCCGAACAACCAACGAAAUAUAUUUGUUACUGAAAAGAAAUAGGCCCUAUUUGGAGAAUGUCUUGCUUGAGGAAUUUCGUGUUGGUCAUUCUGUGUCCAGCAUUAACAUUGGCAGCCUUUGGUGACCCUUGUGACGUAAUAACAUCGAGCGACCUGGCAGGCAGUGAUGACCAAGUGAUCAAUGUCACAUUCCCUAAAGAUUGUCUCUUCGGUGCCGUCAAUUGGAACUAUCCAAAGGGUUCUCUCCUUCUCACUCACACCGCAGCAGACAAAAACUUUAAGCUGUGCAUUGAAAAAGGUUGGACAGUAGAAAUCUCACGUGUCCAAGAGGUCAAGAACGGCCAUUAUAAAACUCUGCCCCUGCCCACUAAAGAUAAACCAACUUGUACUGAUUCGACCAACGGAGAAGCUGCUCUCUUGGUUUCAGCCCCAGAGGGUCAAAGAUAUAUGACUAUGUUCAACUACCGCAUUGUCCUUCAGUCCAAGAGGGGCAACAAACAUUUGCCUCACUAGACGAUUGAUUGGCCUAUAUACAGAACUAGAACUAUAUAUAAUAAGAUUUCUAAUAAUUUUUUUUU